CGAGAAGACAAUUUGUAAACGUCACUCGCAUGCGCAUUUAAUGUAUGUUGUAUGUGUGUUGUUGUUGUUGUAGCUAACGUUUAGCUGAUAAGUUGAGUGAACACACAAUGAAAAUGUCCGGAGCAGCACUCUGCGUGGUGCUUCAGGUUUUUAUCUCAGUGGUGUCCACACAGUCGUCGCCACGGCAGCUGAAUACGGAAACCAUCUUGAUUAACGUGACAGCAGGGACACUGACGGACACACAGCUGCAGGAUUCCAACAACUUGCAGAUCAAUUUCAACAUAUCGGUGGGUGAAGAGCAGGUGUUGAUCAAUGACGUCCCAGUGGAGCUGUCAGGGGUCACCAGAUUCACCUGUCAGGCUCUUCUCUUGGACAGCAACAACGGAAGCAGUGAGUUUGAAUCUGGGGACAUGGUGUCCACUGUCACCCGGGUGAUGGUGAACCAGAACCGGCUGUACAGCAGCUCAGAGGAGGUGGUGGCUCUACAGGUGUUCAGUGAAGUGAUAGAGAUGGAGGGCAAAGAGGUCCAGCAGCCGGAAAUGUGUGAGGUGAAGAUCCUGAUGAGCCCAGAUUACCAGAAGCUUGCUCAGUUUACCAAUAUUUACCCAAUUGGUCACAGCGAGAUCUUCAGGGUUCCCAGGGAAAAUGACGUGGUCGUCACUGAUCCACCAAAUCGUCAAAAAAAUGAAGAUCAGCUGAUCUCUCAGACCACUAGCCAGUACCCCCUGAAGCACACAGAGACCACCCAGGAAGAGACUGCAGCUCCUGGAAAGCUCCCAGAGACUCCUCUGCGUAUGGACCCCGACCUGCUGUAUCACGUCAGAUAUGAUGACAAAUUCGAUGACCAAGAGUCGAGCCAGCAAGAUCACAUUCAGAUAAAGACUCCACCCAAAGAGCUGAUAUCAUCUUAUUCUGCCAUGUGUCAGUGGAUGGAGCAAGUGAGGGAGCGUCUGAGGCGCUUUUGCUCCGAGUCCCUGCCUCUCUUCUUCCUGGUGAUGUGGGUGGUGGUGAUCGGCGUUGUCGGAUCAGCAGUCAUAGUUAAAAUCCUGGACAUGUUUUUCCCAACAUGUGAACACAAGCACAUUUUUCACAUGAACCCUGUCACUCUCAUGCCAGAGGAUGAGAAGCACAUACUGUUGGAGAGCAUAGAAACAGAAGCAGAGGGAGACGAGAAGAAGCCUUGAAUAAGGAUUGACUUGGCCAUUCCCUUUACUUUCAGUUUGUUCUUGUUUAUUCUUUAACCUUUGCAACAUGUGUUACAUUUCAGCAUGGUUUUUUCCCUUGCUCAUAUUCAGAUUUGUAAACCAUCAGCUUUUCUCUUACCCUCUAAGCAACAUUAGCCACAGAACAGGGGGUGGUUUAAAUCUGUCAAAUUGACAAACUCACUCUGCUGGUUUAAUGCUGGUCCAGGUGAUUCCCUCACAUUGAGUCACAUGGUCAAGUGGAACAGAAAGUGACUGGGCUACAGUACUGGAUCAAGUUGAUACAAUGUCUUGUCAGCUUGCAAUAUGGUGAAUCGCACUGUGUUCCCAGCGUCUUUGCAUUCAGCCAGUUAUUUGCACAGAAAACUCUUUGCUGGUAUGAUUGGUCAGACAGAGUUUGUAAAAAGAUUAUAUUAAAUCACAAUUUCAAUCAUUACAUUUAAUUAGCUCAGUCGCAAGUUACCUUUUAUUAGCAAUGACCAAACUACUAAUGCUUUUCCAACUUCCAAAUUAUUCCAGAACAAAGUGGCUUAUUCUACCAAUUUUUUUGUCAUUGUUCUUAAUUAGAAUGUACAUUUAAUACCUGUUCUUUAUGAAGAUCAUGUGACGCGAUCCACAGCUUUGAGCUUUGAGCUCAGCUUUUAAAGAAAUAAAUAGACAUUUUGCCAAACAUGCAAAAUUGCUAUUAUUCAGUUUGAGUUAGCUUAAACUCAGCUAGCCUAAUGCAUUUUAUCUAUUCUAUACGAAGAUGGAAGUAUAAAAAAAUAUUUUUGGGUUGCUAUGCACUAAAUCAUUAUUAGGCUGGGAAGAGUGACUUUCAAGAGGUUUGUCUUCCCAUGAGGCUGCCAAAACCGUCACGUUUCCAAAAAGUAUUUUACAACAAAUUCCAUUACAUUAAUGUGCACACAAUCCACUGGUGGUCAGAGUUCAUUAUAGCUUUUAAUCAAAUUACCCCACAUGGCGUAAUACAACUGCACUAAUGCUACGUGUUUUGGGUAGAUAGUCAGAGAUGUUGCUUCACUCAUUUCUGGUGCCUCCACAGCCUCACUUGUGCUGCUGCAUAAGGGACUUUUCGAUAUCUCAUAAAUGUAGAGCAGGGAUGAGUAACCUCUGGGCGUAUACAGUCUUAUCGUGCCUGUGUGGCAAUUCAAAAAUUACAACAAAGUAAGCGAGAAAUACAAAAUAUACUCAUGAUAGCGAUGAAUUUGUCUGUGUUAAAGGAAAAUAUCAUUAUAUAGUACUUACUUCAGGAUGGUUUCUCCUGGCUGUAUGUCUGUUAGGUCACAGUAACAACACAGACAGAGCUGUUGAUUCAUCCCCGACAAGCGUCGUGGCAACUAUCAAGAUAAUAAAAAAUUGAUGUGGAAUUUCUCAUUUCUUAGAGAAACUGACAAAUGAUUAUUUUCUCAUUUUGAGAGAGUGCCCUCUGCUGGACCAUAGGCCAAACUAUUGUUUGUUGACUGAUAAUGUUUUUUGCUCAAACACUUUGCAGGUGGAGUAUUACAAUUUAAUUUUUUUCCCCCCAAUGUAAACUAAAACAACAGAUCAUAUCCUCAAAGUUGGAAUAUAUGCUGUUGUGUGACAAUUAAGGAAUCUUGUUUCACUCAUAAAGAUCACAAGCUUCAUAGUGACACUGUUUAGUCAAGGUUUUCUUUACAAGUAUCUUCUCUCUUACUGAACGGCUAGAGAACCCAGGUCAGAACAGACACUGUUUUAGGAGAGUUGAUGUAAGUAGUGUAGGUUCAACAAAUGACCUUUAACAAACUGAGCAUUUUAGGGGCUGCAUCUAGUGAUUUAGAGUUUUUAGGUUCACUGAAGAGUUUAUAUAUGUAGCAGCUCUGUGCAUGUUUAUCUCACAUGUGUUUAAUCUUAAAUAGUACCCAAUUGCUGAAAAAAAGCCAUCUGUUUGUCAGCAAAUGCACUACCGGGAGUUUAUUUGAAAUACAUUUAUUUAAUAUCCUGUCAUCCUUUAAUUGAAAACCAGAUGAAUACUUAAAACAAUGUUUGAGUAUGUUGUCUCUGAUGAAGUAAGAUAAUACCUCAUCACACUGUAAUUUGUGAUCAGUGAUUGUGUCCCUCACACCACUUUCAUGCUGGAUCUGAAUGUCACUUCUGAGAAGAACACAUCCCUUUGAGGUCUAUUACCCAAUCAUGAGGUUGCUAUGUUGAUUGUCAUUCUUCACAGUGCCUCAGUGCCUGUUUGAGGGAUUCUAUUGGAUUUUACUUUGGUUGACUCAUGUUACUAACACAUGGAGAAUGUAAGUGAAUUUGUUGUUAUAGUCUAUGCACUCUAAAUGUAUUAUUGACUGAUGUAAAAUAUCGAUGUGUUUGGAUAAGAAAUGAAAUCAAAGUGGAAAAUAUAACAGUGAUUGAGCAAAAGCAUAAAUGAAAUUCUGCUCAAGUUUUGAGGUAAAUUAUUUGGAUGUUUGUGGCUCCUACUACGAGUUUGGUUUGAUUUAUGUUUAUUGGGUAAGUCCUUUAGGCGUUAUUACAACAUCUUUUGAUUUAUAGAAGCCACAUUUUAAGUUGCGCAUUAGCGUUGUCUCUUAAAUUGUGUUUUUGGGGCCUCAUCUGGAAGCACGGACACGUCAUUCCAAGUUAUUGAGCCAUUUUGCUUGUUUGUAGUGCCUCCUAGCUCAUGGCAAUUUGAGCUGCACCAUACAGCAUUGGAUAAGAACAAGAAUGGCACUCAGUAGAGUGUAUACUUCUGCUAAGGAGGGAAAAUCCUACACAUGAUUGACUAGUAGCCAAAGAAGAAGGAACUGUUCUCCUAAUGUAUUUGUGAGAAAACAUAGUUAAAGUGAAAACAAAUCCUGGAUCUGCCCCAAAAUGUAAUGGUUCUUCACAGGCCAAGCCACCAUCCCUCCACCCUUUUUGGUUGUGAUCGAUUUAGAAUUUUUCGGGUAAAAUAAAACCAGCACCCGACACAGUGGGAAACAACCUUCUUGAUAGUGGUAACAAACUGGCACAAACUGAAUGAAGGUUCUACAUCUUUGUAGUCAGAAUCCUGAUUAUUGCAAAGAAGGUUGGUUACUUCGUUUUGAAUUCGGGAAUGAAAACUUGAGUAAAAACUGCAUGAAUUUUCCUUAGUCGUAAAACUCAUCGAGGAUAAGUCAGAAUGACUGAGAUGAUAAAGCUCCUAUUAGAGCCCAGACUGGGCUCCAGGCAGGUGAAUGUGGGUUUCAUUACUUCAAAACUCUACAAAGGUCCACUGGGUUUUAGUUUUUCCAUAACCUUUGUCAUGCUUGAAGAAAGCAGCACUCAUAAAAACAUCAGCUUGUGUAUCAGCCACAGGACCAGUCUCGACCCAGGGUUCUGUUCAGCUGCAGGAUGCAUGAUGUGCUGCAUUAAGAUGCAUGUGUAGCUAGUGAAUGCAGUUUGCUGUUCUGUCAGUAAGCUAUACAUUAAAACUAGGAAACUGCAUGAUGACUCAUAAACCCAGCCAGUUUCUUUCAAGUGUAUGCCUGGAAAUCCAAAAUUACACACUCCAAACAAUUAGGUGCUGUAGAUGACCGCUACAUCUACAUUCAGGCGAACAAUGAGUCAGGCAUGGAUUCUGAUGUGUUGAAGAAUAAAACUAAUGUGUUUUGAUUUGA